AGAAAGCAUUUCUAUGUAUACUCCUGUUCUUAAUAUUAUUAUUAACUUAGAUGUUUUGGUAAAACUCAAAUGUAUUGUGUUAGAUCUUUUUAGUUUUUUUUAAAAUAAAAAGUUGCUUUACAUUUUAAUAUAUAAAAAGUUUGACAAAAAAAAAACAAAAUUCUAGAAAGACCAAAAAUACAUUUUCAUAAAUAUUUUCUUCAUUGUAAAUACAAACUUACAUUGUACAUUUUUGACAGUGUAAAUCAAGCGGUAAAACUUUAAUUGCAGUCGCCGAGGGUGUUGUAAUUGUAACGGACAACGGUCACGCCUAGAGACCCGCAUCGAAACGUUACUCUUCCACGCGCCGAUGUCGGAGACACGUUGGAAUCGAUCUAGCAAUGAACGAAGCGACAACUCCGAGAUUCAACACAGAAGAGUUGUAAUAGAGAAUAGUCAUGGUGAGAAACUCGUGGGAGUUUUGCAUGAUACCGGCUCAACUGAGACUGUUGUCAUCUGCCAUGGCUUUCGUUCAUCAAAGGAUCGGAUUCCAAUGCCGGCCAUUGCGAAUGUCUUUGAAAAGGCCAUGAUCAGUUCUUUCCGGUUUGAUUUCGCUGGCAACGGGGAAAGCCAAGGAUCAUUUGAGUAUGGCAACUAUCGCCGUGAAGCUGAAGAUCUGCGCUCUGUUCUGCAACACUUGCGUGGGGAAAACCGUGACAUUUCUGCAAUCAUCGGACAUAGCAAAGGUGGAAGUGUGGUGCUUUUGUAUGCAGCAAAGUACAAGGAUGUGCACACUGUUGUCAAUAUCUCUGGACGGUUUUUUCUUGAGAGAGGAAUAGAAAUGCGGCUUGGUAAGGACUACUUAAAGAGAAUCAAGGAGAAUGGGUUCAUUGAUGUUAGUAACAGAAAGACAACACCUUUCCUUUUUCUCGUUGCAGGAAAGUUUGAAUAUCGAGUUACUGAAGAGAGUCUAAUGGACCGUCUCACAACCAACACUCAUGAAGCAUGUCUCUCAAUUCAUGAAAACUGCAGGUAGACUCUCCAAAUCAUUCUCAUUAUCAUCAGACUACAAGGAUUCCUCUCUCCCUACUCCCCGAUCGGUAGCUCUUCGAGUCCUCCCUCUCCCUGCUAGGAGUCCGUCUCUUCUGCUCCCGACACUGCUCAGAGUCCGACGGGACUCUCCGCCGCCGCGCUGCUGCUGAUGAAUCCGCCGCUCGGCUUCUUCUUCCUCUCCUCCGUCUUCCGCAUCGGCUUUGUCUGUGUCGCCGUUCUUGUCGAAGUCGAAGCUCCUCUUGGAUACAGAAUAACUCUUGGUUUUCGCCGCCGCGGCGGAGUUGCUCUGGCUUAGUCUUCCGCACUA